AUGGAUAGACACAUGCCAAAGUCAUUGAUCAUCUUUAUUCUGCUGGCAGUGGCAGGGUUUGUGCUGCUUGUCCACAACAUCAUAUCUCUGGAGAAUAUACCUGGAAAUUUAACAUUUGCCUUAAACCAAAGUAAAAAGAACAUCGAAUUACACUUUGAGACAAAAAAUUUGUGGCCACCUGAAUUAAAUGACAUAUAUUGUGCACAUUUGAACCAGGAGCCCACUGCAGAAGAAGCAAAAGAAGAGACGUUUCUGCUGAAUUCCAUUGCAUGGCCAGGUCCCUUGGUACAAGGCUUCUCUGUAGAGCUCAGCAGUAACCCUGCCAAGAGUUACUUUCUGAUCCACGGGCCACCAAAACAAGCUGUAGGUGGACAGCUUGUGGUUGUUGUCCAUGUGCAUAACUUCUUGGGCCUGCCUAAGAAAUAUGGUGGAGAUUUUUUGAUAGCACGGCUGCAUUCACCUAAGCUGGGUGCUGGAGUCGCAGGAAAAGUCUAUGAUCACCAAGACGGGAACUAUACAGUUCUGUUUCCACUGUUGUGGGCUGGAGAAGUACAGGUGCAAAUCACCAUGGUACACCCGAAUGAGGCAGUGGUGGUGCUUCAGAGGCUGCAGAAAGAGAAACCUGACAGAGUGUUUUUUAAAAGCCAAUUUCACUCUGGUGAUGUUUCACAAACCACAGAGUGUAACCUGUGCCUGCCAUUUAACCAAAAGCCACUUUGCAACUACACUGACCCUUUAACUGGUGAGCCAUGGUACUGCUAUAAGCCUGAAAUGCUAGCAUGUAACACACGAGUUACUCAUUUCAUGGGUGGAUAUAGAAGCAAUCUCAUUACGAAAUAUGAACAGCAGUUUUUCAAGAGUGGCGUAAAUAUCAAAGUUCCAAUACCUGCAUCUGGGAUGGAAAAGGUGAUUAUAUUACCUGCAGAAAAAGGACAAAUUCAAUUAAAUUACACUGCUGCUGGAUAUUACUAUCAUAAUACCUGGAGGCCUCUGAAUGGCACAAUUAUGCAUCAGUUUAAUGAUUCAGCAGCCAUAACACAUUGUCUCAGAGGGAAGCUUGUAUACAUGUUUGGAGAUUCAACAGUACGGCAGUGGUUUGAGUACCUCACUGCAUUUGUUCCUGAGUUCAACAUUCACAGCGCUAAAAAAGUGGGGCCGUUCAUCGCUUUGGACAGGGAAAACAACAUACUGAUACAGUUUCGCCUUCAUGGGCCCCCCAUUCGUUCCAGCCCUGUGUUUUCCUCCAAGCUGCGCUAUAUAGCGAAUGAGCUGGACAGAAUCCAGGGUGGGCCAGACACGGUAGUUAUUUUGAGUGUGUGGGCUCAUUUUACCACUUUCCCUAUUGAAGUGUACAUACAGCGCCUCAGGCACAUCCGGAUGGCAGUGGUGCGCCUGCUGAACCGUGAGCCGGCUACUUUGGUAGUUAUCCGCACUCCUAACCCACAGAGGUUGAAUGAAAAAAACUGUCUGUUUGGCAGUGACUGGUUCUCUCUGCAGGUUGAUGCUGUACUACGUGCUAUGUUCCGAGGACUUAAUGUGCUCCUGUUGGAUGCCUGGGAGAUGACACUGGCCCAUCACCUCCCACAUGACUUGCAUCCACCUAGACCCAUCAUCAAAAACAUGAUUGACCUGAUCCUCUCCCACAUCUGUUCAGUUGAGCAAUAG